CGUCCACCACCACCAGUAACUCGUCCACCUCCACCAAGGACCACCCGUCCACCACCACCACCUACUUACUUGCCACCUACCAAUAAACCACAGCCCCCAGCACCAAAGCCAACGACCCGUCCACCACCACCAGUGACCCGUCCACCUCAACCAAGGACUACCCGUCCACCACCACCACCAACUUACUUGCCACCUACCAAUAAACCACAGCCACCAGCACCGAAGCCAACGACUCGUCCACCACCACCAGUGACUCGUCCACCUGCACCAAAUACGACGCGUCCUCCACCACCACCAACGACGAGACCACCAGCACCACGUACUACUACUCCCGGACCAACAUACCUGCCACCUACCAACAAACCACAGCCCCCAGCACCAAGACCAACCACUCGUCCACCACCACCAGUAACACGGCCACCACCACCAAGGACUACUCGUCCACCACCUCCACCAACUUACUUGCCCCCUACCAACAAACCGCAGCCACCAGCACCUAAGCCAACUACUCGUCCACCACCACCAGUAACGCGGCCACCACCACCAAGGACUACUCGUCCACCACCACCACCAACUUACUUGCCACCUACCAACAAACCACAGCCACCAGCACCAAAACCGACAACCCGUCCUCCACCACCACCAACAACACGUCCACCACCACCACGGACCACUCCAGCUCCAACAUACUUACCACCUACCAACAAACCACAGCCUCCAGCACCUAGACCAACCACACGUCCACCACCACCGGUGACACGUCCACCAUCACCAAAGACGACAC